UAUAUUAUAAUGGAAAAAUAACUUACUUAUUUUAAUAUAUUAUUUCACAAAGGAAAAUAAUAGGAUAAUAAACCGAGCUAAUUGCCUAAAUAACAACUCUUGCGUGCAAAUUUUAUUUGUCUUAUUCAUGCGAACUUGUACGAGAUUUGCCUGAGUGUUGCCCGUAAGAUAUGUUUAGUCUGUGCUUUCGCACGCAACUGGUUAGCUCAUGUAUUAACGUAUAAUUUUGCGCGCAAAUAUCUAACGACUCACGUGUGAAAAUGGCUGAACAACGCAAGCAAAAUCCUAUCCAAGUGCGUCGUCAUAACGCUAGAUGUUUGCGCGGAAAAUGUUUUCUGGGUGUUAGUGUUAGGGAUAAAUUUAAAGAAAUAUAAACAAUGGGUUGAACGUUUCAAUCUGUGAUGAGGUCAUCUUCAGUGUGAUGGCAAAGAACAAACAGUAAUGUGGACGCCAACUCAUCGUUCGAGCCAUAAAGUAAGAACGAAAGUUAAAAUUUGUUACAACGCUUACAAUUUCUGAAGAAGUAAUAGAGCACUUUCUUCGGAUAAACUAUUUGAAAUAAUAUUUCCGUGGCUCCGAUGAUCGACAUGUCAACUGAUAAACGUGUGGAAAAGCGAUACAAUGAUAUAAAAGUAUUAGAGAGCGAUGACUUCUCAUGCAGGGGCUUAGUACUCGCCAAUAAAAUGAAAGUUCUCUUGAUAAGUGAACCAUCAUGUAGCGACAGUGGCGUUGUAAUGGACAUUAAUAUCGGUUCUAUGAAUGAUCCGGACGAUCUACCUGGAUUAGCACAUUUCUGUGAGCACGCGUUAAUUUUGGGAACGAACAAAUAUCCUCGGUCGAAUGAUUAUGCUAAAUAUGUGAAGGAGAACUGCGGUAAAGUCAACGCAGAGACACACUUAGAUCACACCGUAUAUUACUUCACAAUAACUCCGGAAAAGUUAACAGGCGCUUUAGAUCGUUUUGCACAGCUUUUCUUAGCGCCUCUCUUCCCGGAAAAUUCGAUUAAUCUUGAGCUAAAUGCUAUACAUUCAGAAUAUGAGAUGCAUUUAAUGGACGAUACCCAACGAUUAUAUCGAAUGCUGCAAUUAUCUUUGAGACCAGAUCAUCCUUAUUCGAAAUUCGACUCAGGCAAUAAAGAAACAUUAAACAUACUACCGAAGAAAAGAGGCGUCCAUGUCAGAAAUAGGCUAUUGGAAUUUCAUAAAAAGUAUUAUUCUGCAAGUCGUAUGGCAUUACUUAUUAUUAGUGAAGAGAGUUUAGAUGACCUCGAAAACAUGAUAGUAGAUCUCUUUUCCGAUGUGACAAACAAGGAUGUUGAAAUUCCUGAUGUAUGGUCUGAAAAUCCAUUCAAAGAUGAAGACUGUGGCACUAUAUGGUACAUUGUUCCCAUACAGGAAAUCAGAAGAUUACAGAUUAUGUUUCCUUUACCUAAACUCGAGCAACAACACCACUGCUCGGCUAUCCCUUACAUUACACAUUUACUUCAACACAAAGGUAAGGGUUCAAUAUUCUCAGCUUUAAAAGCUAAGAAUUGGUGCCACAAAAUAAAAUCUGAAGAAUUCCUUAUGGCAAGCAGAGUGAGUAUUUACAUUAUUAAUAUCGAUCUAACUGAAGAAGGUGCUACACAUAUAGAAGAUAUUAUUCAACUAACGUUUCAAUAUAUCAAUAUGCUGAAGUUGGAAGGCCCGAUCAAAUGGAUCUAUGAUGAAUGUAAACAGAUUGAAAAUACAAAUAUUCAUUUCAAGGAAAAUUCUCUCGACAUACUUUCUGCAGUCCGAGCGCUACAGGAACAUCCCAUGAACGACAUCUUCCACGCGGAACAUCGUUUCACUGAGUGGCGACCGGACUUGAUCGAGGAGAUAAUGGAAUAUCUGACGCCGCACAAUAUCAGGAUUCACAUGAUCGGAAAAGCGUAUGAAAGUAUAACGAAUGAAACCGAAGAAUAUUUUAGAAUUAAAUAUGUGAAAAAGAAGAUGUCCAAAGAAACAAUGGAUAUGUGGAAACAAGCUGGUUAUAACACAGAUUUGAAAUUGCCUUCUAAGAACGAAUUUAUUGCGACUAAAUUUGACGCUAAGCUAGACACUUUCUACACAAACACCUUUCAAAUGAAUAGGUCGUCACCUCUGAUAGGAGAAGAAGAAUGGUUUCCUAUUCUUAUUGAGGAGCCGUCAGGCUUAAUUGACUUGUUUUAUAAAAAAAAUGAUGAUUUUCCAGAUCCGACAGCGAAGAUGAUUUUUAACUUCCUUAGUCCAAUCAUCUGUGCGAAUCCUCUUAAUUAUAAUUUGACUGAAAUAUUUACUCUGCUACUUUUGGAUUCCCUUGAGGAAGAAACAUACGCUGCUAAGUUAGCUGAUUUAAACUGGAGUCUUAUUAAUACUCAACAUGGAAUAAAACUCACUCUCACUGGCUAUGACGAAAAGCAAAAUAUGUUAUUGGAACAAAUCAUAAAACGAAUGGCGAAUUUGAAUAUUGAUCCAAACAGGUUUCAGAUCAUAAAAGAAUGUUAUACCGAGAACUUGAAAAAUUUUAUUCAUAAACAACCCUAUGAACAGGCAAUGUAUUAUCUUGACGUCCUGUUAGCAAAGGAAUUUUGGCACGAGAACGAAUUAUUAAAAUUUAUUGAUUAUGUAAGUAUCGAUAACCUCCAGCGAUUUGUACCAAAGCUAUUCAGUAGUAUGAAAGUGCAGUGCUAUAUAUAUGGUAACGUGACUGUUAGUGAAGUUAACAGUACAGUUCAAUUAAUUAAAUCUAACUUGAAAACUGAAAUACAAGUACCCGACACAGAUGAACCCUUGUUACCAAGGCAAUUACCAUUGCAUUGUGAAAUUAAACUAGAAAACGGUUGCCACCUCCUAUUUGAAAUCGAAAAUAAUUGCCAUAAUAGUACUUGUACAAUCGUAUAUUAUGCAACUGGUUUUGAGUCAACGAGGUCGAGUUUGUUGACAAUGCUCUUAGAACAGAUAAUUUCAGAACCUUGCUACAAUAUUUUAAGGACUAAUGAACAGUUAGGUUAUAUAGUAAAGUGUAGCGUACAUCAAACGAACAAACAGUUUGGAAUGCAAGGUUUGCAAAUUAUAAUACAAAGUGACAAACAACCACACUACGUCGAAAAACGAAUUGAUUCAUUUCUAGAUUCUAUGUUGAAUCACGUAUCUACUAUGCCGCACGAGGAAUUUGAGGAACACAAGGAAACAUUAUGUUCAAAGAUAGCAAAUAAAGUAACUGAUGAGUUCGCUGUCUACUGGUACGAGAUUCGAACCAAACAAUAUUGUUUUAGUCGUCCAAAAAUUGAGGCGUAUGUCACACAGACAUUAACGCAGCAAGAAUUUCUUGAUUUUUAUGUGGAAAAUAUACAUGGAAACUCUCGACGUAAAUUGUCGAUUCAUGUGACAUCCACGGCGGCGUCAACGGAACAGAAUUCGCCUGAUAAUACACCCGGAGAAGCUGCUGAGUUGUCGACCGAUAAAAAAAAUUGAGAAAGUCAACAAUAUCGUAUCAUUUCAGAAAAGUUCAAGUUUAUAUCACGUAUUAAACUAAUUUGAUGAAUUUUUUUCUUUGAAAAUGUAUGUACACUAACAAGGGAAGAACUCACCUUUUAUCCACCGAUUUUGUUAAACUUUCACAGGAAGACUACGUCCCGUUAUUCACUGCCAGUACUGAAACUGUAUAGUAUACGUGACGUAGACUAUAGAUUUUUAGUAUUGGCAGUGAAUAUCGCAACGCAGCCUAAAUGUCGAACUAGACAUUUAGAGGGUUCGCGUUCCUGUCAUAAUUUUUUCUUUUUUUCACACAAUACUUUUAUCGUUACGAAGAAAAAGAUGUGGGUGUUUGAAUACUGUGAGUGAAGUAUAUUUUUUAAAUUAACACAUCAGUAAUCUUAACUUGCAAAAUAUUUAAGGCAUUUUGCGAGUUGCUAAUGUGAAUUAAAGUUGCUAAUGUCAAUAAAAAGACAUAUUUCAUGCACAGUAUUCGAAUUCUACAUAUUCUUCUUUGUAACAAUAAAAGUAUUGUGUGACAGGAAAAAGAAAUUAUGACAGGGACGAGAACACUCUAGAUGUCUAGUUCGACAUCUAGUUUGCUGCGCGUAAGCUUGACGGAUAGCUCGCUGCGGUAGUGUUAACGUAGCGCGCCAAAUUUUACACCGCGAUUAGCAAAAUUGGUGAGACAAAGGGUGCACAUUCCCUUUGUAAGUUAUUUAUAAAAACGACAAAAUAACACUAAAAUGAAUAUUUAAUCUGUAUAGUAUUUUGAUUUUCGUAUACACAGGGUAUACAAAAGGUAUAUACAAUUUGUGUCUAAUAAUGUUACACAGAAAAUCCAAAAUAGUACGCAAAUUGUACAUCCAGGAUACAUAAUUUGUACACCUCUUUAAUAUCUAUUCUUUCUAAAGGACCGUCUACAUUGGAAGUAAGCAGUAAGAAGUAAGAAAAUCUAACCUUUACCUUUCAGUGU